AUGACUAGGCCGCUCCCAGAAGGCCAAGGACAGCUCAACGAUUUCAUUUCCAGAGGGGUCAUCGCUGAGUCGGAAGCUGAAGAGCUUUACGAGAUCUUCCAUACCUCGUUAAACCACUAUCUAUGGGUCGGUCUCGAACAAACGCACCCAUCCUUCAUCUCAGUUCGACGGUCCUCCGAACUUCUGACCGCAACAAUUCUAGCCGUGACUGCUCUCCACAUCCCGACCUCCGCAGCGGCAGCAACAUUCGAUAUAUGCUACAAGGAAUUUCUAUCCCUCAUAUCCUCUUCCAUGUUCUCCCGAUACCACUCCAUAGAUGACGUGCGCGGCCUCUGCAUCGCCACAUUCUGGAUGUCCGAAGUGUCAUGGAAGCUGUCCGGACAUGCCAUCCGUAUCGCUACGGAGUUGAACAUCCAUCAGUCCUUCACAGCAGCCUUGGACGGAAACAAAGAGCAUUUCCUGCGAGCUAGGCUGUGGUACAUGCUAUAUGUAUGCGACCACCACUUCAGCAUCGCCUACGGACGCCCGCCCAUGAUUGCCGAGAGCAUCCAGAUUCGAGAACACGAGCUUUUCCUAGCCAGUCCGUUCUCGAACGCCUUGGACGCGAGAAUCCUAAGCCAGGUCAACCUCAUGCAAAUCCUUACGCGGGUCUAUGACCGCUUCGCAGAAAGAAAGCUGCCGGCCCUCAACGAGAUCAGGGGCAGGCUCGGGUCCGCCAGAGACCCGGUCAUCGGACUCACAAGCGGUACCGACAGCGUCUCACAAAGCAGACCAAACGUAGCCGACCAGUCUUCCAGCAACGACCCCUCCACCGCCAUGCUGGUCGAGUCGGACUUUGAAGCCCUGCGCAUGUUCAACCUGGAAAUCGACCAGUGGCGGAUGCGUUGGCACGCGCGCCAGACGCGAAACUUCUGCAUCGGCAGCUUUCCCCCGCUGGGCAUCAUCCUCUACUCGUACUUUGCCAAACUCCAAAUCAACUCGCUGGCCGUCCGCGGCAUCUCCCUCGCAGGUUCGUCGCAAGACCAGUUCCUCUCCACGGAACGCAAAGAGUUUGCGAAUCUGGCUGUCUCUGCCGCCGUGAGUAUCAUCACGUUCGUCCUAGAGGAGGACGACAUGCGCCGCGCGCUGGUCGGAACGCCACUGUAUGUGCACACGAUGAUUGCGUUUGCGAGCGUGUUCUUGAUGAAGGUGGCGACGCGGUGGAACUCUGUCAUGGGUCUGAAGGUGGAAGAGGAGUAUGUUGCGAGGCUUUUGGGCAGGAUGAUUGGGGUGCUGAAGAGCGCCGUCACGUCGGAUCGCCAUGUUUUGAAGCAUAUUGCGACGGGCUUGGAAAAGAUGCUGGAGAAGAUGGAGGAGUCGAGGCAACGGCGGCAGAACUCUGAGAAUGUGGGAGCAGCACGCGGGCAGAUGGAUGGGCCAGCAGGCGUUGGUAUGAUGGGCAGCUUUGGAGGACAUCAAUAUGGAGUCGGCUAUGAAGUCAGCCCAAGUGCGAGUAGAGGAGUUGACGCAUUCUCGCGACCUGCGGUAGAUGCGGGCGGUCUGAUGGGUGCGCACCUAAAUACCCCAGCGACGUGGGGAGCUGGCGGGUUGGGUCAAACACCUCACCAGCCUGGGGACAGCUCUUACUUUGGCGACGGACUCAACUUGAUGGAUGAUAACUUGAUCUUCGAGGCGUUUGGAACGGGGUCCGCAAACGAUGUGUACAACCUUCUAUCUAGUCAAUUUUCUUCUGGGUAG